AUGACCUCCGAAGCUGAGCUAUCUGCGGAGCUCUCGGACAACACCGAGGAUGACCUCUCCCCUUCUAUAUCCUCUUCCAAGCCCUAUGCCUCGAUUCCAUCCCUGCGCCCCACGCGGGAUAAUGCUUCCGGGAUUACGGCCUCCUCGACCCAUCUCGGGCAGGUCAAUGCGGCGCGACAUGCCACGGGGACCCCUCCUCGUCCCCAGGCGUCGAUGAGUAGUGCGAACCAGGAUAUUUUGGCAAAGAUGAAGGCCUUUCAGCUCUCUAGGCAGGGUGCACCUCCCAGUCUGGGCCAUGCGAUUUCGACCGGUUCGAUUCCCACGGGUUCUCAAACCAGUCUGCCCGGUGCCGGCCCCUCCCCGUCCGGGAUGAACAGUCCGUUAGGGGGCGCCAUGCCAGGACGGCUCCCACCUGCCCAUCGGCCCGUUGCGAAAAAUUGGGUUUCAUCCCCUACAGUCCCCGGUGCGCCCCCAGGGCCGAAUGCCCCGCGAGGCCUGGCCGCGAAGCGUAUGAAACCGGGGCUGAAGCUUUCUGACGCCACUGCAUCGAAUCCUGGCGCACCUGGGGGCCAGUCGCCUGUCCCAGGACCUGGAGAGUCUGCGUUCAGCAAGUACGCGGAAUUCAUUGACACAAAAUCGGGCACCCUGAAGUUUAAAAACAAGGCCAUUCUGCAUGGAGGCGGUAUCGAGUUCUCAUCUGGCCAGAGGUUCAACAUAUCCUUAGACGAGGUCGAUCGUUUGGACGAGCUGGGCAAGGGCAACUACGGUACGGUGUACAAGGUUCGCCAUAGUCGUCCACAAAUGCGCAAACCAGGCUUGGGACUGAGUGGCAUCGUCAGCCGCCCUACAGGGCAGGAUGAUUCCGAUACCGAUGGAGCGCCGAAGGAUAAUCUGUCCGGGGCCGUCAUGGCCAUGAAGGAGAUUCGGUUGGAACUGGAUGAGAACAAGUUCGCCCAGAUUAUCAUGGAGCUGGAUAUCCUUCAUCGAUGCGUUUCGCCCUUCAUCAUUGACUUCUACGGUGCGUUCUUCCAGGAGGGUGCUGUCUACAUUUGCGUCGAGUACAUGGAUGGCGGCUCCAUCGACAAACUCUACGGCGACGGAAUCCCGGAGAAUAUUCUUCGGAAAGUGGCGCUAUCUACAGUCAUGGGAUUAAAGACUCUCAAGGAUGACCAUAACAUUAUUCAUCGAGACGUGAAGCCGACGAACAUUCUGAUCAACACCCGUGGCCAGAUUAAGAUCUGCGAUUUUGGAGUGAGUGGCAACCUGGUUGCUAGUAUAGCAAAGACCAACAUUGGCUGCCAGAGCUAUAUGGCUCCCGAACGGAUUGCAGGUGGCGGCGUCCAGCAGUCCGGGGCCACUGGUGGAGGAGGAACCUACAGCGUUCAAAGCGAUAUCUGGAGUUUAGGAUUGACCAUCAUCGAAUGCGCUAUUGGCCGGUAUCCAUACCCCCCGGAGACCUUCAAUAAUAUCUUUAGCCAGCUCCAUGCUAUUGUACAUGGAGAACCCCCUACUCUUCCAGCAUCCGAUUAUUCCGACGAAGCGCACUCUUUUGUCAAGGCCUGCUUGGAUAAGAAUCCGGCCAAGCGCCCCUCCUACAGCAUGCUUCUCCGACAUCCUUGGCUCUCUUCGCUGAUGCAACCCCCGACAGAAUCGACUGACGGGGACAUCCCAUCCGUAUCACUCGGCAAUGGAACUGCAAAUGACGGCUCCGCGUCCACGACUACCGAAGACCACGAGGUUGCCGAGUGGGUUAAAGAACGAUUGGCAUCCCGUCAUAACGGGCUCCUCAAGGAUACAGAUAAACCUGCGUUGCAUGCGGUCGCAUUGGACGCUGUUCCUGGGAACCCCCUUCUUGACGACCCUUCCUCCAUUUCUACCGAACUAAAGUAG